AAGUGGCAUAUCUCGGCAUCUGGCUUAUUACAUUAGGAUGUAGACAAGCUAUUUGAUCAAGAGAAAAAAAAGGGUCGUAUUUUGUCAUAGACCAUCGUUUGCUAGAAUGCCUGGAUGACACAGAGGAGGUUCAGGUUCGGUCCAAUCUUAGCAUCCGUAAUAAACUUGAUCGGGAUACACACAAUCCUCAUUGUCCUUUGGGUUAAUUAUAAAUUAUUUUUCUGUAAUUAGUUAUGAUUAGCAUUCGUAGUAUUGUGAGUUAUUAAUUUUAUAUAAAUCUUUCUUCUCUCCGGCUUCGUUUGUAGAAACUUCACGUCGCUUUCCUCUCCCUGGGCUUUCAAAAAAGUGUUAUGCUGACAACGUGGACGUUCGCCAUUGUAGAUACAUUCAAGCUGGAGGUGAAGCAAAGGAAAGACGUACCUACCUCCUGCGCUCGAUCAACACUGCAGUCAAUGACGAGCUCUUCUUCAGUAUCGCCAACCAUUCCGUCACUGUCAUCGAUGUUGAUGCCGUCUCCGUGAAGCCCUUCGAUGCUAAGACUAUCCCGAUAUCACCGAGCCGGACGACCAACGCCUCAACCCAACGCCACCUUCUUCAUGAUGGCCAGGCAUUAAUUAUGCCACUGGAUCCGGCACAUUUGACGACUCCGUGGUCGCCGCCGUGCUCGAGUACUAAAAUCCCCACAGUUCGUCCGUCGCUGGCUUUGACAAGAACCUCUCGCUCUACAAGCCGACCCUUCCGGCAUUCAACGACACUUCCUUCGUCGCAUACUUCACCACCCCCGUCCUUAUGAGGCCGCCACACACACUACUGCGUCCCUCGAUCAAACGCCUUAACGAAGGGUUUUCGAUCAUUCCGUCUCCACACCGGAGUGGCGGAGAUAGCAGCAACCCACUAGAGGCUGGAGAUGGCGGCGGGCGCGGUCUCAUCAAGGUGAACGGCGUCCCAAUCGAGCUGGGUGAAGCCUGAGGUCCUCCGCGUUAAGGCCUUCGAGCCCGUCCGUCCUCCUCCUCGGCCGGCAGCGCUUCAUGGGCGUCGAUAUCCGCAUCCGCGUCCGGGGCGGCGGCAAGGCCUCCCAGAUAUAUGCCAUUCGCCAGAGCAUCGCCAAGGCCCUCGUUGCCUUCCACCACAAGUACGUCGACGAGCAGUCCAAGAAGGAGAUCAAGGACAUCCUCGUCCGCUACGACCGCACCCUACUGGUCGCCGAUCAGCGACGCUGCGUUGUUGUCGGUUAUCUGAGAGUGCCUGUUGAAGAUUUGUCAUGGGCUUAAGAAUGUCUUCUAGAACAGCCACGGAUCUUGUUUUGCUAAGAAAUGGGUAAAAAACAGAGAAGUUUGGAGAGGACGGAUGAACUUUAA